AGCAUUUUUUUGUCAGCUCCCUUUUUUAUAAACUUCAAAAGCAGAAGACUCACUGAACCUUCGGGGUACGUCACGGAUGGGCCUGGGAAUUACAAAUACAAGACAAAAUGCACCUGGCUCAUUGAAGGAAGGCCAAACACAAUCCUCAGGCUUCGGUUCAACCACUUUGCCACGGAGUGCAGCUGGGACCACUUGUAUGUGUAUGAUGGAGACUCCAUCUAUGCUCCCUUACUGGCAGCUUUCAGUGGUCUCAUUGUCCCUGAGAAGGACAGCAAUGAAACAGUCCCUGAAGUUGUAGCCACUUCUGGAUAUGCUCUCCUACAUUUCUUCAGUGAUGCUGCCUAUAACCUCACGGGCUUCAACAUCACCUACAAUUUCAAUAUGUGUCCCAACAACUGCUCUGGCCGGGGGGAGUGCAAACUCAACAGCAGCACCAAGGCCCUGGAAUGUGACUGUGCCAAAUACUGGAAGGGGGAAGCCUGUGACAUUCCCUACUGCACCGAGGACUGUGGGGCUCCUGAGAGGGGCCACUGCAACAGCAAUGACUCCAAGGCCUGUGUGUGCUCCCCAGGCUGGCAAGGUCCUGGCUGUUCAAUUCCUGUUCCUGCAAACCAGUCCUUUUGGACCCGGGAGGAAUAUUCUCUUCCCAAACUUCCCAGAGCAUCCCACAAAACUGUCAUCCAUGACAACAAGAUGUGGAUUGUUGGGGGCUAUGUCUUCAAUCACUCUGACUCUCAGAAGGUUUUGGCGUAUGAUCUUAUUUCUGAGGAGUGGCUUCCCCUGAACAACUCUGUGAACUCGGUGGAGAUGAGAUAUGGUCAUUCCUUGGCAUUACACGAGUUUAUCCCCCUGUUUUUUUCAGUGACAAAUACCUGGAGCAUUUUACAGACCAGUGGAGCUUUGGUGCAGGGGGGGUAUGGCCACAGCAGCGUUUAUGAUCCCAACACCAGAUCCAUUUACAUCCAUGGAGGUUACAAAGCCUUCAGUGCCAACAAGUACAGGCUGGCAGAUGAUCUGUACAAAUAUGAAGUCGAUUCCCGGAUGUGGACCAUCCUGAAGGACAGCCGCUUUUACCGCUACCUGCACACGGCCGUGGUGGUGAGCGGGACCAUGCUGGUGUUUGGAGGGAACACCCACAACGACACCUCCAUGAGCCACGGGGCCAAGUGCUUCUCCUCGGAUUUCAUGGCCUAUGACAUCGCGUGCGAUCGAUGGUCGGUCCUUCCCCGCCCGGGGCUCCACCACGACGUGAACAGGUUUGGGCACUCGGCUGUGCUGUACAACAGCACCAUGUACGUCUUUGGAGGCUUCAACAGCCUCCUGCUGAGUGACAUCCUGAAGUUCACCCCCGAGAGAUGUGAGGCUUUUGCCAACGAGUCGUCCUGCCUGCGGGCAGGGCCCGGGGUCAGGUGUGUGUGGGCCCCCAACCCUCCCCGCUGCGUCCCCUGGGAAAACGCCACCCUGGAGCAGCAGCAGAAGGUCUUUGAAGACUGUCCUCCCAAGCCAGUUGUAGACAAUGAAAAAUGUGAUCAGAUUACAGACUGCUACAGCUGUACAGCCAACACCAACAGCUGUCAGUGGUGCUCUGACCAGUGCAUCCCAGCACACAACAACUGCACAGAGGAGCAGGUUCCUAUUACUCUCUAUGACAAUUGUCCCAAGGAUAAUCCUGCUUAUUACUGUAACAAAAAGACAAGCUGUAAAAGCUGUGCCAUGGAUCAAAACUGCCAGUGGGAGCCCAGGAAUCAGGAGUGCAUUGCUUUGCCAGAAAACAUCUGUGGAACAAACUGGCACUUGGUUGGCAACUCCUGCCUGAAGAUCACCAAUGCCAAGGAGACCUACGACCAUGCCAAGCUGUCCUGCAGGUCCAACGGUGCUCUGCUGGCUUCCCUCACCACCCAGAAGAAGGUGGAUUUUGUCCUGAAGGAGCUGCAGAAGAUCCAGUCCUCGCCCAAAACUUUGACCCCGUGGGUCGGCCUGAGGAAAAUCAACGUGUCUUACUGGUGCUGGGAAGACAUGUCCCCUUUCACUGACACCUUGGUCCAGUGGCUUCCCCAGGAACCCAGUGAUGCUGGGUUUUGUGUCUAUUUAGCUGAGCCAUCCCAGCAGGGCUUGAAGGUGGCGACGUGCAUCGACGAGCUCAACGGCAGCAUCUGCGAAAGGCCAGCUGAGAACUGCUCAGGCUACUGCACAUGUGCUCACUGCCUGGAGCAGCCUGGCUGUGGGUGGUGCACGGAUCCCAGCAACACCGGGAAGGGGAAAUGCAUGGAAGGCUCUUUCCGGGGUCCCGUCAGGAUGCCGAGCCCGUCCACGGCAGGGAAGCAGAGCCUGGAGCCCGUCCUCAAUGUCAGCAUGUGCCCUGUGGAGAACAGCUACAGCUGGUCCUUCAUCCAGUGCCCAGCCUGCAAGUGCAACGGCCACGCGUCCGUCUGCAACACCAACACCGGCAAGUGCUUCUGCACCACCAAGGGCAUAAAAGGAGAUGAGUGUCAGCUGUGUGAAGUCGAAAACAGAUAUCAGGGAAAUCCUCUCAAAGGAACGUGUUACUACACUCUCCUCAUCGACUAUCAGUUCACCUUCAGCCUGUCCCAGGAGGACGAUCGUUACUACACCGCAAUCAACUUUGUGGCCACGCCUGAAGAGCAAAACAGAGACCUGGACAUGUUCAUCAAUGCAUCCAAAAACUUCAACCUCAACAUCACUUGGUCCACAAGUUUUGCAGCUGGCACACAGGCAGGGGAGGAAAUUCCAGUUGUUUCCAGAACCAAUAUAAAGGAGUACAAGGACAGUUUCUCCAACGAGAAGUUCGAUUUCCGCAACAACCCCAACAUCACCUUCUUUGUUUACGUCAGCAACUUCACCUGGCCCAUAAAAAUCCAGAUUGCAUUCUCACAGCACAGCAACUUUAUGGACCUGGUGCAGUUCUUUGUGACAUUUUUCAGUUGUUUCCUGUCCUUGCUCCUGGUGGCAGCUGUGGUUUGGAAGAUUAAGCAGAGCUGUUGGGCAUCACGACGGAGAGAGCAACUCCUGCGUGAGAUGCAACAGAUGGCGAGUCGCCCCUUCGCCUCCAUCAACGUUGCCUUAGAAACAGAUGAAGAGCCACCAGAUCUCAUCGGGGGGAGCAUAAAGAGUGAAAUCACCUCAACAAAGUGGAAUCAAAUAAUAAGGUUUGAACUGUUUGGGGUAAUGUUCCUCUUCUCAUCCCCCACCAUAAGAUUUUUCCCUUGUCUCGCCGUGGCCAGUGCUCUGGUGGACAUUUCACAACAGAUGCCAAUUGCCUACAAAGAGAAAUCGGGCGCCGUCCGAAAUCGGAAACAGCAGCCCCCUGCACAGCCAGGAACCUGUAUUUGAUGCAUGGACAUCACAAACUCUCUAGGGUUUUAAACAAAAUGGAAAAGGAAUACCGAGGAGGAGGAGGUGGAGGAGGAGGAGGAGGAGGAAGAUUUCCAAGUUGUGUCCCAAGAGACUCGAAGCACUCGGAAAAAAAAAAACAAAGAAAACAAAAACAAAACCACACCUUCCUUGAUCCCGACUUUUUUCUCUCUCAUCUCCGUGCUCUAGUUGGCUUUAUUUGACAACUGCUCCACUUAAGUUUUACUGACAACGUGGCUUCAGGUUGCUCCUUUUUUUUUUUUUGUUUUCCUUCGAGUUCUAAGUAAAAUAAUUUUAUUGCAGGGGGUCGGUGCCGCCGGUCCCUGCUGGGUGUAAAUAGAACAGUAGUCCAAUAUGAAUGACACUCAGGUUUCUACAUGGAAAGUGCUUUGUAGUUCAUGUAUUUAUCAAACUGUACAAAAGAGAAAAAAAAAAAAAGAUCCAGUGUUUACAGGUGUCAGCUCUCAACACAUAAACACUACUAUUAAUCUUCAAA